AUGAAAGCUAAGGUCUCAAAAGACUUCAAAGCUCUUGACAUGACCCCAUAUGACGGCACGUUCGACCCGAGCCAUCACCUCAGCAUUUUUAGGAGUUGGAUGUAUCUCUUGGACGCCUUGGACGCAAUCCAUUGCAAAGCCUUCCCGACUACCCUGACCAAAACGGUAAUAAAGUGGUUCGACAGCUUGCCCCCGAGAUCAAUCACAAGCUUCAACGACCUCGCUAAAAAAUUCUUAGCCAGGUUCUCCAUACAAAAGGACAAAGCCAAAUAUGCUCCAAGAUUGCUAGGAAUCAAACAAGGAGAUUGGGAAAGCCUCCGCAGCUACAUGGAAAGGUUCAAUAAAGCGUGCUUAGACAUUCAGAAUCUCCCCACAGAAGCAGCCAUCAUGGGACUUAUCAACGGUCUACGGGAAAGGCCCUUCAGCCACUCUAUAUCUAAGAAACACCGCACAUCCCUGAAUGAAGUACAAGAACGGGCUGAAAAAUACAUCAAUAUAGAGGAAAACUCCCGAUUAGGAGAAACCUCUAAAGCCGGGUUCUCCUACCCACCUCGGGAAAAAGAUAAGGAGUCAAAGAAAAAGGAAGACCAAUCCACAGAGAAGCCUUGGAAAUACUAUAACUAUACCCCUCUUCGGGUAUCCUUAGUGGACGUCUACCGGGCAAUAUGCAACAUAGAAAAUAUCCCACCUCCUCGCCCAAUUAAACACAAAAGGGGAGAAAGCCAGACCGAAUACUGCGAAUAUCACAGGAUCUACAGGCACCCCACUAAUGAGUGCUAUGACCUGAAGAAUGUCAUAGAAAAACUAGCCCGAGAAGGAAGACUAGAUCUAUUCCUAGCCAACAGAACAGAUGAGCCAAAAAAGAGAAGAAGAGAUGAAGAGGGCGGACGAGCUGAACGUCCCCCUCAAACCCCGGAAAGGCAUGUUCAUAUGAUCAACGGAGGAUUCACAGAAGGAGGAAUCUCCAAAUCAUCCUACAAAAGACAACUCAAAGAAGUAUACCACAUCAGAGAAGGAGACAGGUCACCCGACCUCCCCACUAUCACUUUCACUAAAGAAGACACCGCGGGCAUCAUCUCUGGACAUGAUGACCCCCUGGUCAUUACCAUCAUACUAGCUAAUGCCAACCUCCACCGAACACUGGUCGAUCAGGAAAGCUCCGCGGACAUCCUAUUCAAAUCCGCCUUUGAUGAGCUCGGACUGCAAGAAAAGGAGCUCAGGAUAUAUCCCAACAGCCUAUUUGGGCUAGGAGAUGCCCCGAUCCAGCCACUUGGGUACAUCCCACUGCACACGACCUUCGAAAAGAAAACCUGUUCCAGAACACUGAGCAUAGACUAUAUCGUGGUUGACGUGAACUCCGCAUACAACGCCCUUAUAGGUCGGACGACCUUAAAUCAACUCGCCGGGGUAGUCUCCACUCCCUACCUAUGCAUGAAGUUUCCAACGCCGGAGGGCAUAGCCACCGUCAAAGGAGACCAAAAGCUCACGCGACGCUGCUAUAAUGAAAGCCUGAACCUAAAAGGCGACCCCAGAGGAAAGGAAGCUAAUACCAUCGAACUAGGGGGAACUCGGGCCCAUUAA